GUGCGGGGGCGGGCGGCACCGCCUGGGACCGGCCCGCUGGGAGGGCCCCGGAGGCGGUGUAGGGCCCGGCUGGAGGGGACCGAGGCUUGGUGAUCCUCGGCAGAGGCCUGGCACGGAGAUAGGUGGAUUACCGGAGAUCAGGUAAUCUUGGCCAGGAUUCAGGAGUGAUGUCGCAACAGCUCCUCUACCGUGCUCUGGUGUCUGCAAAAUGGCUUUCAGAAGCCAUCAGGUGCCAGCAAGCUGGACAGGCCUUGAAAGUCGUGGACGCAUCUUGGUAUUUGCCGAAGAUGAAGCGUGACCCGAAGCAGGAAUUUGAGGAACGCCACAUCCCCGGUGCUGUUUUCUUCGAUAUUGACCAGUGCAGUGACCGUACUUCACCUUACGAUCAUAUGCUGCCUAAAGCCAGUGACUUUGCUGAAUAUGUAGGGAAGCUGGGUGUAGGGAAUGAUUCUCAUGUUGUGGUGUAUGAUGGCAGCGACCAAGGUCUCUUCUCAGCACCUCGAGUUUGGUGGAUGUUCAGGAUCUUUGGACAUGAAGCAGUUUCCCUAUUAGAUGGUGGUCUGAAGAACUGGUUGCGAGAGGGAUUUCCGCUGAGCUCUGGGAAAAGCCCAGUAGCUCACUCUGAGUUCCACGCCACCUUGGACAAGGGCAUGGUGAAAACCUAUGAGGACAUCUUAGAUAACUUGGAUUCCCACCACUUCCAAGUAGUGGAUGCGCGUGCAGCAGGACGAUUCCAGGGUAUAGAGCCAGAGCCCCGAGACGGAAUUGAGCCUGGUCAUAUCCCUGGCUCCGUGAACAUUCCCUUCACCAGUUUCCUCACAGAGUCCGGCAUAGAGAAGACCCCUGAGCAGAUCAGAAGUCUGUUCCAUGAGAAGAAGGUGGACCUCUCAAAGCCUCUAGUAGCAACAUGUGGCUCUGGGGUCACUGCCUGCCACGUGGCUCUGGGGGCAUACCUCUGUGGCAAACCAGAUGUCGCCGUGUAUGAUGGGGCCUGGGUGGAAUGGUACAUGCGGGCAGAUCCUGAAAAUAUUGUUUCUGAUGGAAAGGGGAAGACUAUGUAAUGAGCUGCUUCAUCUCCCAGUCGUACAGAUAAUUUGCCUUGAAACAGAGUUUGGAAAAGAUGGGUUUAAUGUUCCUGGGCAAGUGUCAUGAAGUGAAGGAGUUGGGUAACAAGUAUGGGCACAUGAUUCUUCAGCACCUUCUCCUUCCUCAACCCCUGCUGCUUAGGAGCAUAAAGACGACUUGGGCAGCCUGCUCUAGGUGACCAUGCAUGAGCAGGUGGGUUGGAACAGAUGGCCUCCAGAGUUCCCUUCCAACUUCGACUGUUCUGCGAUUCUGUGACCAUUGUACAGUACCAGCUGGAAGGGAGAGAGUGCUGGUGGCACUGUGGGGAUGUUAAUUGAGUCAGGCCAGGCUUAUGACUCAGGACAUUCCACCAUGUUUAGUCACAGGACGGUCAUACUUGUAUAACUGUGCCUCAUGGUCUUACUCUCUGCCUCUGUCCUAGAAGCCAGCCACGCACACUAGGGCCGUUUUGGGUGCAAAGCCUAAGGAAAAAACAUAGCUCUUAAUGGAGGAGAUACGGCUUUGAGGUUGGCACUUUGUGGGUUUAGAGAUUUAGUUUGCAUUUCUUCUUGCACUUGGACUGUUAACUGCAAUGUGUGCUUAGCCAGUUUUGUACCCCCAUGGCACCAAAUCGCUCCUUAAAACAAAUAAACAAAAAAGAUUCUAGAAGUAAAAAGAAGUAAAUAAACAUUUGUUUCAAGGUC